AUGCUGAGAAAGUCCAUUCCCGGCCCGUGUUCUGGUCCCCCCUGGCUCUCUUCUGGCAUUUUCUGCCUCUACCUCAUUUUCUUGGUGGGCCAGGUGGGCUUGCUGCAGGGACACCCCCAGUGCCUAGAUUACGGGCCCCCCUACCAGCCCCCUCUGCACCUCGAGUUUUGCUCUGACUAUGCUGACUUUGGCUGCUGUGACCAGCGUAGGGACCAUCGCAUCGCUGCCCGCUACAGGGACGUCAUGAACCACCUUGGCCUGAAGGGCCACGAGCUGUGUGGAGGCCACGUUAAAGACAUCCUUUGCCAGGAGUGCUCACCCUACGCAGCCCACCUCUACGAUGCUGAGAACCCUCUGACGCCCUUCCGGAAGCUUCCUGGACUUUGCUCUGACUACUGCUCUGCAUUCCACUCUAACUGCCACUCUGCCAUCUCCCUGCUGACCAAAGGUCAUGGCCUCCAGGAGUCCCAUGAAAAGGAUAGUGCCCACUUCUGCCACCUCCUCAAUCUUCCUGACAAAGACUAUUGCUUCCCCAAUGUCCUGAGGAAUGACCAUCUCAACCAUGACCUGGGUGUGGUGGCCAAGGACCAUCAGGGCUGCCUGCAACUCUGCCUAACUGAGGUGGCCAACGGGCUGAGGAACCCCGUUGCCAUGGUCCAUGCUGGGGAUGGCACCCAUCGCUUCUUUGUUGCUGAGCAGGAAGCAGUGGUGUGGGUCUACCUUCCAGAUGGGAGCCGUCUGGAGCAACCGUUCUUGGACCUCAGGAGCAUCGUUCUGACCACUCCAUGGAUUGGGGAUGAGAGAGGCUUCUUGGGGUUGGCUUUUCAUCCCAAAUUCCACCACAACCACAAGUUCUAUAUUUAUUAUUCAUGCCUUGGCAAGAAGAAGGUAGAAAAGAUCCGGAUUAGUGAGAUGAAGGUUUCUCGGGCUGAUCCCAACAAAGCGGACCCCAAAUCAGAGAGGGUCAUCUUGGAAAUAGAAGAACCUGCCUCAAAUCAUAAUGGUGGACAACUUCUUUUUGGCCUGGAUGGCUAUCUGUACAUAUUCACUGGGGAUAGAUGGCAGGCUGGGGAUCCCUUCGGCAAGUUUGGAAAUGCUCAGAACAAAAGUUCCCUGCCGGGAAAAGUGUUAAGGAUUGAUGUGAAUGGAGCAGGCUCAGAUGGCAAGCGGUACCAUAUCCCCGUGGACAAUCCCUUUGUUUCUGAGCCAGGGGCCCACCCUGCCAUCUAUGCCUAUGGGAUCAGAAACAUGUGGCGAUGUGCCGUGGACCGAGGGGACCCCAUCACGCACCAGGGCCGAGGCCGGAUAUUCUGUGGCGAUGUGGGUCAGAACAGGUUUGAGGAAGUCGACCUUAUUGUUAAGGGUGGGAACUAUGGCGGGAGAGCAAAGGAAGGGUUUGAAUGUUAUGACAAGAAACUUUGCCUCAAUGCCUGUUUGGAUGAUGUUUUGCCCAUCUAUGCCUAUGGCCGUGCAGUGGGGAAGUUGGUCACUGGAGGUUAUGUCUACCGUGGGUGUGAAUCCCCGAAGCUCAAUGGCCUCUACAUCUUUGGGGACUUCAUGAGUGGUCGACUUGUGGCUUUGCAGGAAGAUAGAAAAACCAAGAAAUGGAAGAAACAGGAUGUUUGCCUAGGCAGCACCAAGCUCUGUGCCUUUCCAGGGCUAAUCAGUACUUACAGCAAAUUCAUCAUCUCCUUUGCUGAAGACGAAGCAGGGGAGCUGUAUUUCCUGGCCACCUCUUACCCAAGUGCCCACGUGCCACAUGGAUCUAUUUACAAAUUUGUUGAUCCCUCAAGGUGAGCACCUCCAGGCAAGUGCAAAUACAAGCCAGUGCCAGUGAAAACCAAGAGUAAGCGGAUCCAGUUCCGGCCACUCGCCAGUGAGUCUGUCUUUGAGUAUCAGGCUCAGGCCUGGGUGUGGAGGCACACGCUCGGUCCCCUGGUGGAGGGUCCUUUCCAGGACUUGUAUACCUCCAAGAAGCCAGCUUCUCCCACGAGCAGCAGGAACACAUUGCGAGGGCCUGGUACGAAGAAGAAAGGCAGAGUGUGGUCCCCAGGUGCCCAGGGGGAGAAGAAGAAGAAAAGCCACAGUAACAGGAUGAGGCAUCCCGCUGCGGGCAGACCAGAGGCGGACGAGGCUCCCCGCGCACCAGUCUCAGGGGAGCGCGGGUUAACGUCGCCUGAGCCAAGGUCGCCAGCCACGCGCGCCCCCGGGCGAAAGGUGAAGAGGGCUGCGAGCGGGCGCACAGGGGGCACCAACGACGAGGUGACUGACGAGUUUGCGUUUCCGCCUAUUUGGUGUUUAGGCCGAGUCGCGCCCGACCCCGCGGCCGCCACUGCCCCGCACCCAGUCCUUUCCCAAGCUCCGGCCCCGCUGUCCGGGAGUGAGGCCGUGGCGGGCACGCUCGGCUGUCCACAAAGGACUGGCCUGGCGGCCGUCGGGAACGCGGGGACAGCCGCACGCAAACGGCCCGCAGCCUCGGCUCGCCCCGCGCCUCAGCCGUCCUCGGGCCAGGCCGGCCACAGCGCCCCCGCCGGCCGCGCCGCGUCACUGCAGGCGCCCGCUGCCCGCCGCCCGAGGCUCGCGGCGGGGCUCGCGGAGGGCCCGGGCUCGAGCGUUGACCCUCGCGCCGCCGCUUCCGCUGCUGCAGCCGCGGGCCGGUCCUGCCGGGAAUGCCCAGCCGACCUUCCCCCCUUCCUGCCUUUUGUGGCGCUCUGGGAUUUUCUCUUCUGGGUCACUUCUAAGCACAUGAAGGAUUCCAGUCGUCUGCACGUCAGCAGGACUAUCGUUUAA